AUGGCGGACGAGGCAAGAGUCGAAGAACAAGUGGAAAGUAGUUUAAUUAUCAGGAUUAUAUCCGAACUGUUUGGCAGCCCGCUGAAUUUAGCUUUGCUGGGAAUAUGUAGUUUUCUCAUCUACAAAAUAGUCGCCAGUCGACGCUCGGCAGACUCAAUUCCUGCCAAGGAGCCGGAGCUUCCCCCGCUGAAGAAGCAAGACUUCACGUUGGAACAACUCAGGGAGUUUGACGGUAAAGGAGCUGAAGGCCGGGUACUGAUCGCUGUUAAUGGGAAAGUCUUUGAUGUCACAAGGGGGAAACGCUUUUAUGGUCCAGGUGGUCCAUAUGGGCUGUUUGCUGGCCAUGAUGCUUCUAGGGCCUUAGCAACCUUCUCCUUGGGAGAGGAUGCCUUGAAGAAUGAGUACGAUGACCUAAGUGAUCUCAACAGCCUUCAGAUGGAAAGUGUCCGGGAAUGGGAGAUGCAGUUCCAAGAAAAAUAUGUGUACGUAGGCAAACUAUUAAAGCCCGGAGAACAGCCCACAGACUACACUGACACGGAAGAUGAGGAGAAGACAGAAGUGGACAAGAAAUCACAAUAG